CUAUUGCCAUGAGUACCGCCAAGAAGAAGGGUCCCGAUCAGAAUCCAACAAUGAAAGGGUUCAUAAAGUUUUCGAAGAAGAUUUCGGAAUCUGAGGAAUUGAACUUCAUAAAGCGCAAUAUAUACCUGAAUAAGAAGUUCAACAAGAAGGUUAAAGAUCAUGGCAUAUUCUGUUCUUGCUCUGUAUCUCCAUCCUCUUCAACUCUCUGUGGCAGUGACUGCAGUUGUGGGAUACUACUCUCUAGCUGUUCAUCUAGUUGCCAGUGCAGAUGUCAGUGCACUAACAAGCCGUUCCAACAAAGACAUAUCAAGAAGAUGAAACUAGUUCAGACAGAGAAGUGUGGAUAUGGGAUUGUAGCAGAUGAAGAUAUCAACGCAGGAGAGUUUAUCAUCGAAUAUGUUGGGGAAGUUAUUGACGAAAAGACUUGUGAAGAAAGACUUAUGAAGCUGAAGCAUAAGGACGUGACAAAUUUCUACUUGUGUCAGAUAAACGGGAACAUGUUGAUUGAUGCUACAUACAAGGGGAAUAAAUCAAGAUUUAUAAAUCACAGUUGCAAUCCUAAUGCAGAGAUGCAGAAAUGGAUAAUUGAUGGAGAGACAAGGAUUGGCAUCUUUGCGACCCGUUACAUAAACAGAGGAGAGCAUUUGACCUACGAUUACCAGUUUGUUCAGUUUGGUGCAGAUCAAGAUUGCUACUGUGGUGCAGCGUGUUGCAGGAAAAAGCUAGGUGCAAAAGCUUACAAAGCUAAGAGCGUACCCUCUGAUGAAGCUGUGAACCUAACGGCAUGUAAAGCAGUGACCUGGAAACCACCCAAGGUUAAAAAGACUCGAGGUAGACACUCCCCCGGACAAUCUAGGAACACUCAUGGCCAAAGGAAAAUAUGUUGCCCGAACUGCAUUGGUGUGGUAAUCAUGUUGGCACGUUCCACAAACCAGAGGUGUUUCGGCAUCAUUAGAGAGUUUGAUGAGUGUUCAAGAAAGCAUUUGGUCAUGUACGAGGAUGGUGUUACUGAGACCAUCGACUUGUCCAGAGAAGUUUGGAAGCUCAUAGAUGUUUGA